GAAUUUUGCAGAUGUGAAAUUGAAACAGACACCAAUCCUACUGAAAACAUACACUGGAGAAAAGGUGGCGCCAGUGGGAAAAAUUAAAGUUAAAGUGAAAUAUGAAAAUAAAAAGAAAAUGCUUGACUUGUAUGUGCUGCAGCGUGGAGGAGUUCCGUUAUUCGGACGUGAUUGGCUGCAAAUGAUCCAGCUCAAUUGGCAGUCGAUUAAAGCCAUGCAGCUCAGUGAGAAUGGAAACAGUAAAGCUACACAGGAAAAGCUGAACCUGUUACUCCAACGCGCAGCACCAGUGUUCGAAGAGGGCAUAGGAACUCUCAAGCAGAUGAAGGCACGUGUCACAGUGGAUGAGCACGCCUUGCCCAAGUUCAUGAAAGCGCGUCCUGUCCCCUAUGCGCUACGCCCAAGAGUGGAGACAGAGUUACAACGGCUAGAGGAGCAAGGCAUUCUGUCCAAAGUUGAAUGGUCAGACUGGGCAACCCCAGUGGUGCCAGUUGUGAAGAAAAAUGGUGCAAUAAGGCUAUGCGGCGACUUCAAGGUAACGGUCAACCCAGUCCUUCAUGCAGAUCAGUACCCAUUGCCCCGCAUAGAAGACAUUUUUGCUUCACUAGCCGGAGGGCAACACUUUUCAAAGAUUGAUUUGGCCCAGGCUUACUUACAAAUGGAAAUGGAUGCUGAGUCGAAAAAGUUCCUCACCAUUAAUACCCACAAAGGCCUUUUUCAAUAUAAUAGGCUAGUGUUCGGUAUCGCAUCCGCCCCUGCAGUGUGGCAGCGUGCUAUCGACCAGGUGCUACAGGGCAUCCCAGGCACGCAGUGCUACUUAGAUGACAUCAUAGUCACAGGGCAAGAUGACAGCUCUCAUUUAGCUAAUCUGGAAGCAGUCCUGAAUAGGCUAGCUGAGUGUGGACUUAGAGCCAAUAAGGACAAAUGUGAAUUCUUUAAAGACUCCAUCGAGUAUUGUGGACACAGAAUUGACCGAGACGGUCUCCACAAAUCUCAGGAUAAAAUUGAUGCUGUCCUUAAAGCGCCAAAGCCCACCAAUGUCCCACAGCUUCGCUCAUUCUUAGGAUUAGUGAACUACUAUCACAAAUUCCUGCCGAAUCUUGCAACGGUGCUUCACCCCUUGAACACCCUCCUGCAAACCAAGGUGACAUGGAAGUGGACGAACAGCUGUGACAUGGCGUUCAAGAGUGCGAAGGAACUCAUCACAUCGGAAAGAGUACUGACUCACUAUAACCCGGACUUGCCCCUACGACUGGCUUGUGAUGCCUCGCCAUAUGGCAUCGGUGCCGUCCUUUCACACAAAAUGCCAGACGGCUCCGAACGUCCGAUUGCCUUUGCAUCUCGAUCCUUAUGUGCUGCUGAAAAGAACUACGCACAAAUUGACAGGGAAGGGCUCAGCCUUGUGUGGGGCGUGAAGAAAUUUAAUCAGUACUUAUAUGGGAAGCGAUUCACCUUAAUUACUGACCACCAACCCCUAGUGGCCAUUUUUAACCCUAGGAAGUCAAUUCCUGCAAUGACUGCAGCACGCUUGCAAAGGUGGGCGUUGUUCCUCGGUGGACAUGAUUAUGUGAUAGAGUACAAAGGCACACUACAGCAUGGAAAUGCUGAUGGACUCUCACGCUUGCCUUGUGAACCCGAGGACAAAGCAUCUGCAGACCCUGCUGAAAUGUUCCAUCUGGCCCAUGUUGAGAACUUACCUGUCACAAGCGCACAGAUCAAACUGGAAACCAGCCGAGAUCCAACCCUGGCAAAGGUGCUUGAGCUAACGGUGAAGGGGCGGCCUGCCAAAAAUACAGUGGGCUUACCUGAGUACUUCAGUCGACGUGAACAGCUAUCCGUGUGUCAUGGGUGCAUCAUGUGGGGAACCAGAAUCGUAGUGCCGCCCAAGCUACGCCCCUACGUCCUGGAAGCACUCCAUGAGGGACACAUGGGCGUCGUUAAGAUGAAGAGCCUUGCGAGAAGCUACAUAUGGUGGCCAGGCAUUGAUCUACAGAUAGAGGAGAUGGCCAAGUUGUGUAACGGGUGUCUUGAGAGACAAAAGCAACCUCCACCCGCUCCUGUCCACAGCUGGGAGUGGCCCACCGCUCCUUGGCAAAGGAUUCAUGUAGAUUACGCCGGGCCAUUCCUCGAUCGUAUGUUCCUUGUUGUGGUCGACGCAUAUUCAAAGUGGCCAGAGGUCUUCAUUGUGAAAAAUGCCACAAGCACAAAAACAGUCGAAGUGCUCCGCACACUGUUUGCUAGAACAGGAUUGCCUGAACGACUUGUCAGUGACAAUGGCUGUCAAUUUACCUCUGAAGAGUUUCAGUCAUUCAUCCGGAGAAAUGGCAUCAGGCACACCACAUCUGUACCUUACCAUCCUGCUACGAAUGGUCUAGCUGAACGCUUCGUCCAAUCGUUUAAACAGUCGAUGAAGACAAUGUCAAACUCCCACAUGUCUCUGCAAGAAAAGAUGGCAAAGUUCCUACAUGCCUACAGAAAUGCUGACCACGCUACGACAGGCCAAGCCCCAGCUGUACUGUUCAUGGGUAGACGUCUGAGGUCACGUCUCGAUCUGCUAAAGCCUGACCUGCGUAGAGAUGUCAUGCAAAAACAGCCCCGCAAAGCAAAGGCUGGUCAUGUGAGAAACUUUGUGAUCGGACAACAAGUUCUAGCCAGAGACUAUCGUCACCCAAAGCAGAAAUGGCAGCGCGGUGAAAUCCUGUCCAAGACAGGGCCCCUGACCUACACGGUGCAAGUUGGACAGCACAUCUGGCGCAGACACGUUGACCAACUGCUAAAUGCAACUGCUCAUCAUGCCACCAACAACAGGCCUGAGGAUGAUGCUCAUGUCUCUGAGGAUUCUGAUGAACUCAUGUGCACAGCCCCAGAGCCUCCACUUCAAGUUGAAGACGGAAACCCUACACCUGAUAAUGCAGACCCCGAGGUUCCUGCUCAGGGCUCUGAUACUCAAGAGAGACGCUAUCCUGAAAGAGCUCACCGUCCUCCUGACAGAUUGACGCUCUAA